GCUUGGGGCGGCAAAAUGCCUAGAGCCACCCCUGGUCAUUAGCCCCAUUAUAGUAACAAAAAUGCCAUGUGAUCUUUAAUCCGCACAAGCGGUCAGGGCCUCAGUCUUCUAUCUCAUUCACAAAACAGCCCCUUCAAUGGCACACAGCUUUUCACACCAGUUAGGGGCAUUGCUCCAGUGCUGCGUUAGAGGGGAAAAGAUUUGCGUCCCUAGUAACACCUUUCCCUAGUUUCCUUGUCAGCCUCCUAUCAAUCCACUCACCCAGCCCCAUGCCGCUUAGUUUAUGAUCCCAGCCCACAGUGGAGGAGUGACCAGUGUAAGACACAAGCCCUUUAGCCAAGGAAAAUGUUCAAGGGAGGCCCAACCAAAGCCAGAACCGAGAUACACAGAUUGUACUAAGCACCAACACCCCAAGCAGCACGUGAAUAAGAAACAAAGGCCAGAUCCUGCCCCAGUGAAGUCAGCAGGAGCAUGACUGGGCCAUAAGGACCAUGAGGCUUAAAUCUGGAGUAUUUUAUUUGUAUUGUAUCCAUGGGGGAUUUGUUCUCCUCCCUCUGAUCUCAAAGUGAAGGUUGGUCAAAAUCAGCAAGAAGGAUCACACACAAACCAUAGGUUACUCCUGGGUCUAAUGUAAACCGUAUAACAGCUCCCAGAAAACCUUAAGACCAGGAGGGAGCCUUCAGUAAAUUGGAGUCAAGUUUUGAUUUUGUGAUGAAAUGCCGGUGCAGUUCAAACAAUGGGAGUAGCAGGGAGAGAAUCUCCCUAAGGCAGCAGUCCAGCACAUAUGGCGGAUGCCCUGAAUCUAGGUUUCCAGAAGCAUAAAGGGCCUGAUUUUCUACUAUGUCCACAGAAUUGUGCAUGCAAAAGUGUGCACGCAAUGCCGGGCCUGAUGUGUGUGUGCAAUCACAGAAACUGUGCAUGCCAAUGUUCAGUGCACAUGCCCAGUCCUGGUGCUUCUCUGUUAAAUCAGGUGCUUGCUUUGUGCCCAACUUCACUGCCAUAUUUUCGAACAUCAGGUCCCCAAACCAUUUUUGGUGCCCACGGAACAUCAUCCUGUGCUGACAUCACACUAGCACUGUGCCAAGAGGCUGCAACACAAAAUCUGCCCAUCUGGCAUUGCGGGUUGGUCCUAGCGGCCAGCGUUUAAAAGGCAGCAGCCAUAGGUAGGGGCCACAGUUCUGAGCCGUCAUGAAGAAGGUAGGCUAGAAGUGGAGCUUACACGAAGCACGACAACUGUUCUGUAGUGUCUCCUGCUUCCUGAACUCUUUGUAAGGGAUUUUUUUCUAAUGCAUAUUUUGCAAUCACGAGUGUUGGAAAUCGAUGUGAAAAAAAGAAGGCAUUGUCCAGACCGAGGCGAGAGCAGGGCCUUUGUACUCCAGAAGGACAAUGACUUUUGUGUUCUGGUGUUUCUUUCUGGACAAUAAGCAAUGAAGACUUACGUAGAGUCCGUGGUGGUAAAUCAAGGCCCCAGCCAGCUGCUUUCAAAGGAUCAUUCUCCUCUGUGUCAAUGGAUGUAGAGUCGUCUGUCAGACCCAGUGAUCUCAGAACCAGAGAUGAGUCUGAAUCAGGACCCUGCUGGACCUAAUGCAGGGAAAGUUCCCAUCUGGAUCCAUACUGCACAGCUGACCCCUAUCUCGGAUAUGGGCUGAUCCAAUAUCCAGGAUCCAAACGUGCCCGAACUUUGGGAAUAGUCUGGUCCAAACUUUGUUGCUCAGGCCUGUCUCUGGAAUGAAUAAUGCAGCCCCAGAAUGAUGUAAUAGUCAUUGACUUGAAUAAUAAACAGUGGAUCAUGCAACUAAAUACUCAGCAAAGAUGGAGCUGUGCAAAGGGAUCUGGUGCAGCAAAAUAUCCCCGCUGGGCAUUAGGAUUCACCUGAUUAAAUCAGUCAACCUAAGUGAGAAUGUUGAGCCUUCAAAUGGUUUGAUAUUAGGGCCUGGUUUGUGCUGGAUUCCAUCUCUGAAAGCCAACCUCCUCCUUCCAGCCCAAGAUAACACCUGCAUGAACCAUUUAACUCACAGCCCGGCACCUAGCAUUGCUCUUUGGUUUGGCAUAGCAGGGAUUCUAUGUAGGCCUUUAGCAUCUUGCCUGGCACUCCCAGCUCCAUGGAAAUAAUCUGCUCCUUCCAGCCAUUCUUCGCUAGCUGGAUCCGCUGCACUCAUUAAGCCAGUCCUCCAAAUGCAACGGACACAUGGCAAGUUCAGAUCUUGUGUUCUCAUAUGCAGUGGCCGGGAGGCCAGUACUGACCAUGCGUUGAUACCAAGGUCUGAAUUUGGCUCAAAGUGCUUUGCCAGAUUCUUCUUGGAUGCCAUGAACAAUGCGAAGGGAUGAAAUUGUGAACAGGAAAAUUUAGGCUGACUGUUAGGCAUAAUGUCUGAACAAAGAGCCUCCCAAGGAAGAAAUGGAAGCCCCUAUUCAUCUGGGACAUUUAAGACCAAGUUGGACAAGGCUCUGGAACACAGAAAGUUAGGAACAAUCCUGCACUGGCAGGGAGAUGGAGGACCUUUUCCACCUCAAAUUUUAGGGCCCAAUCCUAAAGACGGACUACAUGAAAAGUUGAAUAAGGAUAUCACAAUUUGGCAUUAGAAAGUUAUUAUAUCAUUCUUCUUGAUUGUUCUCCAGCAGCACCGAACCCUAUCAAGGUCAGAACACAAUUGGCAUUAGGCACUGUACAGUCACACAGUGAGCGAGACUUCCUGUCCCAAAGACCUAGACAAGUGGGGGAUGGGAAGGGGUUGCCCAAAGGUGCAAAGUGACUUGCCCAAAGUCACAGAGUAGGUCAGUGGCAGAGUCAGGAACAGAACCCAGGCAUCCCAAUUCCAAGGCCAAGCACCUACCCACUGAACAACCCUGCCUCAAUGAAGGCCUCUUCAUUCUAGGUGCUAAAAACAAACUGGGUGAGCAAAGGCACUUCCAUUUGCCUCACCUCUGUUAGUUCUGAGAUUGCACCAAGUGCCUGGCAGCAGCCCAGGCCUGGGUGGAGCGUCUGAUCACUUUCUGUGCUGUGAAUGGCCUAAUCAGCUGCUGCUUUAUCAGUAGUUUGCUAGGCGCUGCCUGAGGCAAAGCAGGCGUUAAAUCAUCCUGAACUUUCUGGUGUGACUGAGGUGGGGUAAUUACUGUGGGGAACCAGGGCUGUGAAUGUCAGAUAACAGAGAGGCAAGGUGGUUGACGUCAUAUCUUUUAGUGGACCAGCAUCUGGGGGUGGAAAAGAUAUGGCCUCACUCACCUUGUCUCUCAUAUCCUGGGACCCAUGCUGCAGAUAACACAGCGUCAGUGGCAGAGGCAGGAAGAGACCCCAGGAAGUACGGCGACUGCUGACAGAAUCAUAACUCACUGGCAAGUAGAUUCAGAAUCUCUCAUGAACACUUGGAUCAGGCCCCUCAGAGAAACAGCUUGUCAGGCAGUCUUCCGAGCCUUCUUCCCCUCCUACCAAGCUCCACACCAUUUACUGUGCAAACCUCUUGGACAAGCUCCUGCCUGCCUCCCGGCACUUCAGAGGGGAUUCCUGCAGUGCCUUAGGCUCAUCCUUCCCCUCCCGAGAGCCGAUGCACCUGUGUUUACACAGUGUGCUCAGGUGCUUGGCUUGCUGGUGUGGGCUCUCAUUGCCAGUACAUAUUACCAACCCAUUCCCGCAUAUGGCUGGGUGAUGUUUGUAGCCAUCUUUUUCUGGCUGGUAACAGUCAUUCUGUUUGUGAUGUAUCUACUGCAGCUUCAGAUGAAGCUCUACAUGAUCCCCUGGUCUGUUGUGUUCUUUGCCUGCGUUGUGAUGAUAGCCUAUGGGGCGAGCACUUUCUUCAGCUUCCAGGCAUGGAAAGGAUUUGGCAGCAAUGCAGCAACCAGUCAAGUGACUGUCUAACUACCCCUAAGGACUGAGUCUCUUGAAGGCAGUUUACAGUUGAUGGGGUAGGGGUGGGAGGGCUCACUGGAUUUGCACUGAGCAAGGGAGCCUAUCAUCACUAGGCUUCUCAUUCAGAUCGACCUAGGUCAGUAGUGGCUGAAAGUCAUGACUGGUCAAUAGUAGUUUGGUGGCCUACGUGAGGGCUGACAUGGUCUUUUAAUGCAGCUUACAGUGGAUAAGUGUCCACGGCCCAAACCCCACCACAAUUGUCAUCCCUGUGUGGUGAAAGACUGACUUGGGAGACUGAAGUCCCUGGAAUUCGUCUCUUCAUGUCAAAGUAGCUUAGGGCUGGGGUCCUCAACCUUCUUCUUGCUAAGCCCUCCCCCGCCUUCCCCCCAACAUGCUAUAAAAACUCCAUGGCCCACCAGUGUCCCAACAACUGUUUUUCUGCAUAUAAAAGCCAGGGCUGGCGUUAGGGGGGUAGCAAGCAGGGAAGUUGCCCAGGGCACCGUGCCACAGGGGCCCCGCAAAGCUAAGCUGCUCAGGUUUCGGUUUCAGCCCCGGGUGGCAGGGCUCAGGCCCUGGGCUUCAGCCCUUCACAGCAGGGCUUUGGCUUUCUGCCCCGGAUCCCAGUGAGUCUAACAUUGGCCCUGUUUGGCAAAGUGCUUAAAAUCUGCUCACAGCCCUCCAGGGGGCUCUGGACCCCUGGCUGAGAACCACUGGCUUACAGGAAGUGUAUCCAUGGCCUCCCUAGGGUGCAGCAGUUCUGCCAUCCAGAAGACUUCAGUCACCCAGGCCGGCCAAUCCAGCACAUUUCACUGGCACUAAAUUCCCUGAAAAACAAACCAAAACUCCUCCCCCAGCCACUUGCAGCGCUACUGUAAAUAAUGUAAAAUUAACUCUUCGGUUGGAGCAAGGGUGGAGUUGUGGGAAUGGAAAUUAGGCAAUGGUACGAGAUUGCAACCGUUAUUUUAUCGAUUUCUAAAAUUUGAAGUACAAAUUGUAUAUUAUAAAUAAAGAUCUUUCUAAACCCAA